GUUAGUUGCCGAUAUUCUGGCCGACAGACUUAGAUAACGUUUGCAAUAUUGGAGUUGAAACGGUGAGGCAGCAGUAGCAAUCUUGUCGCUUUUCCAUAAUAAUUUUGUUUGACCAAGAGAUGAUGUUACAUUGAUAAGAGAACAAUGGAUUCAAAAUUCAACAAAUGAAUUAGUUGCUCACACUCUACAGUAUCUUUUCUUACGUAUUACUAGAUCUUUUGUGCACAAGUCUCCUAACCAAUAAUAAAUAGAACCGGCGCCAACCUUUGAGAGUUUUAGGAAGCGUUUGGAAAGUGGAGAGAGAUCAAAUCCCCCUAUUUUGAUUCUUCCUUUGAGAAGAAAUUUCGACCAUGGUUAAGCUUCUUCAAGGUCCGCUUCCACCUAGCAAGGAGCUGCUGAAGAAGAUGAUAGAGCUAGAGCAAAGUCAGGAGCAUCUAAUGCAGGAGAUGUCUCGGCUCAAGGUAUCCACGGAGCUUAGGCAGCCAUCGCAUCCACGGAAGGAGAUCCGUAUACAGGGUUCCAUGAAUUUGAGACCAUCGCCCUGGAAGUUCACUGAUAAACAGUAUCUCAAUAUUUUGCAGUCCAUGGCACAAUCUGUUCAUGCCUUCGAUCUCAAUAUGCGAAUUAUCUUUUGGAAUGCUAUGGCGGAAAAGGUUUAUGGGUACUCUGCUGCAGAAGCAGUUGGGCAGAACCCAAUUGACGUAAUGGUAGAUGAUCGGGAUGCCCCCUUUGCAAUGAAUAUUGCUCAACUUUGUUCCAAUGGAGAGACCUGGACUGGCAAGUUUCCUGUCAAGAGCAGAACUGGAGAGAAAUUUUCAGUUGUCACUACAUGUUCCCCCUUCUAUGCUGAUGACGGUUCCCUUAUUGGGAUCGUUUCUGUCACAAGUGACGUAGCACAGUAUCUCAACCCGAGAAUCUCUUUGGCUACAUUAAAGGCGUCAGAAGUUGAAACGAGCUCAAGCCCUGCAAGCAAUAGUUUUGCCUUUAAACUUGGUUUGGACUCCAAAAGAGCUGUUGUAUCCAAAUUUGGCCUUGAUUCUGAUCAGCCUAUACAAGUUGCUAUAACAUCAAAGAUAUCAGAUUUGGCAUCCAAGGUGAGAAACAAGGUCAGGUCGAAAAUGCCAGCAGGUGAUAGUAGUGUCACAGUGUCUGAGGGUGGCACUUGGGAUAGUCAUCAUUCAGAUCAUGACGUAUUCGGUGCUACUCUUUCUGACCACAGGGACGAUGCAGCACCAAGAGGGGAUUUUAUCCAGUCUCCUUUUGGUGUAUUCACAUGUAACGAUGACAAGUUUGCUUCCAAACCCUUCAAAGAUUCCAGUGAUGGAAAGCCUGUAACCCUUUUCACCUCAAAAGCUGAAGAAUGGAUGGUAAAGAAAGGUUUGUCGUUGCCAUGGAAAGGGACUGAGCAGGAAGGUUCAAGAGUAAAGCCUUCUCAUUCUGUAUGGCCUUGUGUACAGAAUGAAAAAAAGAAAGAUAAGUCUCACCAGAUCAAUCCCUCUUCUGGUGUUAAGUCUAAAAGCCAUGCCUCUGAAAGUAAUAAGCCUACCAAUAACAAGGCUUCUAGUUCGCGGUCUGCCUAUAUAUAUGUGAACAGCACAAGCAGCCCUAGUAGCCGUAAAACUAUCAGCUACAGUGUUAUGAGCAAGGUGGAUACAUAUAGUAAUUGCUUGGAGUAUGAAAUUUUAUGGGAUGAUUUGACAAUCGGAGAACAAAUUGGACAAGGCUCAUGUGGAACUGUCUAUCACGGUCUGUGGUUUGGAUCUGAUGUAGCUGUAAAAGUGAUCCCCAAACAAGAAUAUUCAGAAGAGGUCAUACAAUCAUUUAGACAAGAGGUAUCGUUGAUGCAAAGACUUAGACAUCCUAACGUUCUGCUGUUUAUGGGAGCAGUGACUUUACCUCAGGGUCUCUGUAUAGUGUCAGAAUUCCUUCCACGUGGAAGUCUCUUCAGUCUACUGCAGAGAAGUAUGUCAAAACUUGAUUGGAGGCGGCGUAUCAAUAUGGCCUUGGACAUUGCUCGCAGUAUGAAUUAUCUUCACCGCUGUAGUCCACCCAUCAUCAUCCAUCGUGAUUUGAAGUCGUCAAAUCUGCUGGUAGACAAGAACUUGACCGUUAAGGUAGCUGACUUUGGUCUAUCGCGUAACAAGCAUCAUACAUACCUAACCAGCAAGUCAGGAAAGGGAAACCCUCAAUGGAUGGCACCAGAAGUUCUUCGAAAUGAGUCUGCUGAUGAGAAGUCUGACAUUUACAGCUUUGGAGUAGUACUAUGGGAGCUUGCCACAGAGAAGAUCCCAUGGGAAAAUUUCAAUUCGAUGCAGGUGAUCGGAGCUGUGGGGUUCAUGAACCAGAGGCUGGAAAUUCCAAAGGACAUUGAUCCUGAUUGGAUCUCAUUAAUAGAGAGCUGCUGGCACAGCAAUACAAAGCUGAGACCCACAUUCCAAGAACUGAUGGAGAAACUAAGAGAUCUGCAAAGAAAGUAUACAAUACAGUUCCAAGCGAUUCGUGCUGCGUUAUCUGACAAGUCUCUUCUCAAGGACAAGUAACAAACCAAAAGUUGACCCUUUUCUCUGACGCCUUUUUGUUCACAAAAACAAAGAAAGAGAGAGAAUUGGUCUUUUUGAACAGCAACGAUUGGUGGGAACGUCCAUGCUAUGCUGGUGUGCCAAUGUCUUCAUCAUUGAACAAGGUUAUGGCAUGGAAGAUAUCAUUGAGGUUGACUAUGGUUUAACGGAGUCUUCCUCCCCGGUACUGAAACGAAAUCAUUGAGAUUGGUCAUCUGUGCUCCUCUUUCUAUGUUUUGACACCAAUGUUGAAAACUAUUAGCUAGUGAGUUUGACUCUGCUUUCUGACACUUUGAUCAGUUAUGCAUAAUGCUUAAUUUGUGCUGACCACGGUCCAUGCGUCUCUGGCGAUGUUUGUGCCUUUUAAAUUAAUUACCGCAUCAAAAUUUUAAGAAUAAUAAAAGAAAGUCGGAAGUUUUAUUACGAUGAGUA